UCGGGUGACAGCUCGAAAAAAAUCAUAUGAUUUGUGUGUCAAAUUCAAAAAAGUUGUAAAAUGCAAAUUUUUGUACGAUUUGGUUGAGACGUUUCCUAUAUUGAUUUUUUCAAGCUCAUUAUUUGAUAAAUGAAUUAAAUUUGUGGAUGGGAAUUAGGUCGACUGUUUUUAUAAAACAUUUAGUUACAUUUAGUAAAUACCCCCUUACUGAAUAAACUAAUCCACUGUACAAAUACAUACUAAGUAUUUGCAUAAUAUAGGGGGCAAUAAAAAGCACAAUCUAUGUCCAAUACAAAAAAUAAAAGAGUUUUAAAUGUUUACACUGAGGGGCAGAUUUAUCAGUUUGAGGUGACUUUUCGAAUGAAGAAAAUUUGAAUUGAAUCUGCAAAAAAUUCAAAGAUUUGAAUAUAGAAAUUUAUCAUGUACUGUCUCUUUAAAAAUGUGACUUCGACCAUUCACCAUCUAAAACCUGCCGAAUUGCUGUUUUAGCCUAUGGGGGACCUCCUAGAACCUAUUUGGAGUCAAUUGGUGGACUUUGAAGAAUCAAAGUUUUUUUUUGGGAAAAACCUUGAAUCGAAUCCGAUGGAAUGCGCCAUUCCUUUGAUUUGAACAUUUCGAAUUCGCCCGAAUACAGACCUAUUCGAUCGAAAACGGACCUAUUCGACCCAAAAAAAAACACGACUUAAUAUCGGUUGGUCUUUUUGAAUCGAAGUUUUUUCAAUUCAAAAUUCGACCCUUGACAAAUUUGCCCCUGAAUAUACAUGAGGAGACAGCUGGGUGGGUAAUGGAGAGUAGUGAAGUGACUCGAUAUUUGAUCAAAGGUGCCCAUAUUUUCUAAUAUCUAAGAAUAUUGUCACAUAAUGUAUCAGUUUGCUAUUCCUUUUAUCUUGUCUUUUCUAUCUGGUUCAUCCACACCGCAUAUGUAGGUGGUUAAAUGUUUUUCCAUUUUUUUGGAAUGUACGUGGAGCAUACAAAUUAAGGGGUUAUCUGAUGUUACUUUGAAAGACUUGGGGUUAUAGUGCAAAUAUGAAGACAAAUAAUUCAAAAACUAUAAAAAAAAAUUAAUAAUCAAUAAGUUGGUGAGAACUGGCCAUUCUAUGACAUACUAAAAAUGAACUUGAACCACCCAUUUAAGUGAAAGGAGAUGCAGGUAAUUGUAACGGAUAAGGUCAUUAAGUGCGAUAUUUUUGUCCAUGUUAGGAUUCAUUUCUUUGCGCUCAAUUUUUCUAAUUUUUUUUUUUUUUAAAAUCUCAGCAAGUUUUAGGUGACAAGAUUGUCUUAAUGUAGAGUAAUAGUUUAAUUGGCAGACACUAGGACAUGUCUGGUUUUCAGGAGGGUGAGAUGUAAUAGGGUAGAAUGUUAAUUGUUUAAUAUAAAUGCUUAAGUAAUGGUUAAUACAGAUGUUUAGGUUGGCCACUAGGCAGUGUGCAGUUACUGAAAAUGUCAUAUGUGGAAAACUGGGAGAAUAAACCCUGUGAAAGUGCUGCUACUUAACUGAAGGCUGUCAAAAUAAAGAGAAUGUGUUUGAACUACAACUCUCUGCCUGGUGUGUUUCCCUCAAGGAUUCACCCACAUAAAAGGUUGAUGGUACAUCAAGGGUUAACAAUGGCAAGGCACAGCUAGUGACAUCACAAUGUCAAGAUGCUGCCCACUCAGAUUACAGUCACAUGACAUAUGUUUGUGACAUCACAAUGUAAUGACAUCACCCACUCAGAUCAGUCACAUGAUGUUUGUCUGUGACAUCACAAUGACAAGAAUCAAGGUGUUGACAAACAGAAUCACAUCUGACAUAGUGCGGCGAAUGAUAGCUUUGACUUCACUUCUCCGUCACUGUUUUUAUUUCUAUUUACUUCUAUUUACUUCUAUUUAUCAUUUAUUCAUCUAUUUUAUCUUUUUAAUAUGAUUAUGAAGAAAAACUGCUUAACAGGAUUAGCCUUAAUACCAAUAAUUUUAGUGGUUUGGACUGCCAUUGGCCUGCUAGUGGCUUAUACUGCAGCUCUGACUCAGGGACACAUACACUUGCUGCCAUUUAUAAGGUAAUUCUAUGUUCUUUACCUAUAUGGAAUAUACUUGGGCUGGAUAGCAGCCAGGAAACCAACUAAUAACAUGAUUUCUAUUUAUCUUAUAGUGACUUAGCAACGAAACUACCAGAGAUGGCUGUUAGUAGGAUAACAGGAACAAUUUCCAGCAUUCUAGAUGUUGCUGUAAAGCUCCUGAACUAUAAAUUCAUCAAGCUGUACCGACCCAAAGUCACAGGUGUCUACAAUAGACUCAUAUUAUGCCUUGGACUCCUAUCCUGUGCCGGCUUUCUCCUGGCUGGUUAUGUUAGGGGGAAGGAUUCAGAAACUGGUCACCUUACAGGAGCAUUUGUAGGAUUUGGCACGGGAUGCGUAUACAACAUCGUACAAUGUAUACUGUACGCCAUACUCCAGCCCAGCGGAAAAAGCCGAAGGAUGGUUUACUACCGGCUCUUUGCUUGUGUGAUCACUGUUAUCCCAAUGAUAGCACUUACAACAUCACUGACGACUUGUAGCAUACUGACGAGCUGCAAUCCACACUAUUUGAGAACGGCACUUGCAACAUUGGAGUGGGCAGGAAUGUUUGGGCUUCUCCUCUAUAUGCCAACUUAUUCCAUGGAAUUUCAGAACCUGACUCUAAAAUGGCCCAAAAGCCUAAAAGGCGACUGGAUAUGCAAGAGGGAAGGAUCCACUGAUGUAGAGUCCCCUGAGGAACCAACAACUGUCACCUGCAGGCACAUGAUAACACUGUUACCCUCUGAUCAGCUAUUAGGCUCAGUGAUACCAAUUAAUAUACAGGGAGCUUACAGGGAUUGGAUGUUCAAAUGAGAAGCCCAGUCCCCCGAGGAUCCACAAAAACACCUGAAAGAGUGAAGACCGAAAAACAAAAAUCUCCACAUUCAAGAAAAUAUUGAUUUAAAAAAUGAAGAAUUAAUGUGUUUAUUUAAUCCUUUUAAGAAUUUGAAUCCGUUAUUUCAUUAGAAAAAUUUUUCCUCCAUUCUCUAGAAUUGUACAAUUAAUUUUAAAACAUGAGAAAAUAUAUUUUAAAUCAAUUUAAAUAAAAAGAAAGAGUCCGGUGAGUUUUUUUAAAGUUGGUUGUCAGAAAAAUAGUGGUAUUAAAACGAGGAGCUAUUAAAGGAGAACACCCCACCCCAGGCUAAC